GUUAUUAUGUUGACAGCAGCGACUGUUAAAUCAAGUCUGUUUUUUAUUUAACGUCAAGUCAAGCGGGCUAAUUAUUUAUUAUAAUAUUAACAUUCGUUUUACGAGAAAUUGUUGAGAAGCGAGCACCAGCAAAAAUGGGAAAAAAGAAGAAUCUACAUGCGCAAAUUUAUGGCAAAGCGUAUAAGCCAGCACCUGUUAAAAAAAUGCCGGUAGCUAAUGCCGAAGCAGAUGCUCCUCAACGUCCGGGAGCAGCAGCUUCUACAGCAGCAGUAUCAGCAACCGCAGCUCCAAUAGCAGAGGGAACACAACCGCAACCUGCUCGCCCCACACCACGUCAGCGUGGACGUCCGCGCAAGAAUCCUUUGGCGCCCGAUGCCGCCAUGAAACGAGAGGACAGUGUGAACAAUACGAAUGCCAUAGUCAAGGUACUGCUGCGUUCGCUGAAGGAUCACAAUAAGCCCAUGGCUACUGUCAAUAAUGGAUUUGCACGUGGUCUCAAGCCGGAUACAAUUGUUGCCGGCUUUCGUCAUGAGGGUCAACUAAUGUUUGCUGUCAAGUUCAAAAAUCGCAAGUUACCUGAGUUAAUUAGUUCGAUGGAAUUGAAGCUGCGAGCACCCAGCCUGUUGAUUCAAUACUACGUUACGAAUUUGCAAUACCCACACAAUGAAUGAUUGAUUUAUUUUUACAAUAUAAAUAUAUUGUAUUAUAGUAGAAGAAAUAAUAGAAAGCCCUAAAGAUAUUGUCGGUGGAUCGGCUUAC